AUGGGUAAUUUAACAGAUGCUUUCAGCCAGGUUGUCGAAAAGCUAGAGAAAGAGAAGGGAAUUGUACCUUCACCUCAUGCUUCUUCACCUUUAGUUUCAGACACAUUCGUUAAAGAAUCAGUGGAUUUGUUCAUCCAUAUCAAGGAACUACGAAAGUUUUUACAGUCCAUUAGAUCCAGUUAUCUUCUUUCAGAUUCAAGUAAAUAUAACCAAAAGGCAUCAUCUGAAAAUUUAUCAGAAUCAGAAAGAGAUGAAAUAGAUACACAAUCAAGAAUCGAAUUGAAAAAAUAUGAUGAGAGAUUGAAAUACCUUGAGAAAUAUGAAAAGAAGAGAUCAAGCUCCAAACAAUAUUCAAUCUUCAAUAAAUCACAAUCAUCAGCAAUCAAUAAACACAGAGAAGGUAUACUAUUAUCAUUGAAUUAUGAAUUGAGAGAUACUUCGAAAAUGUUAUUAGACAUGCAAGAGACAAGAUUAUCUAGAAAGCGUGAUAUUGAGCUUGGUGAUUUUGAUAGUAAGAUAUCGGCAGUCAAUGUUGAGUCAUUGAACUACAACAUGAUUCCAGAAUCAUUAGAUAAAAACCAUUCAGAUCCAUUUGCGGAAUUAUCAAGUGAACAAUUACAAUUGCUACAAAGUGAAAAUAGUGAAAUCUUGGAUGCAAAAUUGGAGGAUCUAGCAAAAGUGGAACAAAUAUCAAGAAGUGUUAUUGAAAUUGCCCAACUGGAAUCUCAACUAGCUGCCCAUUUAACUGUUCAAUCUGAAAAUAUCAAUAAUUUGGUGAAUGAACAUGACCUAACAGAAGUUGAUAUUGUGGAAGGUAAUAAGAUUUUGAAAAAAGCUAAAAGUAAAGGAAACUAUGCUUCAAAGAUUGUCAUGUUAACGGCUUUCCUCUUGGGUAUGAUCAUACUGCUUUAUGAUACAAUUUCAUGA